GCUUACAUCUACUUCCUAAAUUAAUCCUAAUUUAACAGAUUUUUACAGGGAAGGCAGGUGAUUUGAUGCCCAGUGGGUGUUUCCAGAGCUCUGUUUGUGCUGGGAUGUGGAGCAAACCAGUGUCCUGCCCAGGGCUUACCUGUUGGGAUUUGUGAUGUGUAAUUUCACUGCAGCUCAGGUUUUUUCUGUGCCAUAAGUGUUAGUUCUAUUUUAAUUGAAGAGGGUGAGUACUGCUGAGCAGUGGUUGUACCAUGCAGCCCUCGAUCUGUGGUGACAGUGCUGUCUGUGUUCAGUGUCUCCUGAGGCUACAGGCGGGUGUUUGAGGAGUACAUGCGGGUCAUCAGCCAGCGGUACCCAGACAUCCGAAUCGAAGGGGAGAACUACCUUCCUCAACCUAUAUAUAGGCACAUAGCAUCCUUCCUGUCUGUCUUCAAACUAGUAUUAAUUGGCUUAAUCAUUGUUGGCAAGGACCCGUUUGCUUUCUUUGGCAUGCAAGCUCCAAGCAUCUGGCAGUGGGGCCAGGAAAACAAGGUGUACGCCUGCAUGAUGGUCUUCUUCCUGAGCAACAUGAUUGAGAACCAGUGUAUGUCCACUGGGGCUUUUGAAAUCACUUUGAAUGAUGUCCCAGUGUGGUCUAAGCUGGAGUCUGGCCACCUCCCUUCCAUGCAGCAGCUUGUACAGAUCCUUGAUAACGAGAUGAAGCUCAAUGUGCACAUGGAGUCAAUGCCCCAUCAUCGAUCAUAGCCCCAUCGAUCAGCACUGAAACUUCUCGCGUUGGGUGGUGGUUCCUGGGCCACGUGGUGCAGACCCAUGAAGGCCUGCACUGAAGACAGCCGCUGUUGGUGCAGGCUGGAUGCCUCUCUUGCAGCCACGUUGUGCCUCCUGGACAAACACUCAAUGAGCCCUGUUUCAGUGCUGGCUGGUCCACACUGCACAGCCACGAGUGCAAUAAUACUGUAUAGUUUUUUUAAGACUUCAUUCGACCAGUUCAUAGAUCAGCAAUGCAGGCAUUACUAAUGGUAACUUAUUUUAUAUUCAUGUUUCACACAAUGGCAGAUUGAGUUGAUACCUAAUUUUUCCUUGGAAAAAAAGAAGUUUGUUUAAUCUGUUGUAUUUUAUAUGAAUUUAUGUUCUUUUUGUAGUUUAAAUGAAGUUAUAGGAGUGUCUGAUAUUGUCCUAAGCUGUUGAGUAAGUGAUAGCUGUCUAUCAAAUCUCUUUAAUGUGGUUAAAACAGGUUUGUAUAUUUUUCAAAAUCUAUGGAAGAGUCGAACAGUGCAUUAUAUACUGAAUUAUAUAAGCAAAAUUAUAUGCAGAAUAGUUACAUCAUUUGGUGACUUCAGUGAAAAUUAAGAUCAGCUACUCUUUAAUCAUGUGGGCCAGCUCUAGCAGUUCUUCCUUGGCCAUUUGAGAGAUGAGCUGGGCCUUCCUGCUGUCCUAAAUAGAACCCAAGAACAUUAAUUGAAAUAAAGAGUUCCCAUUUCCUGUGUGAAGUA